AUCAUGAUGAGUUCUUUGAGGUUGUAUUAGACUAGAAUUUGCUUAGUCAAAUUUCUAUUUUAUGCUAAAACUUAGUUUAUGUUUUCAGUAUCAAAGGAAUGUUUUCACAUGAGUUGCCAGAAGUAAAUUAUUUUAACCAUUUAAUGUUGAACUCCACAUAUGGCAUGCGACUAUGAGUAGCUUAUAAAUGAUAGAAUUUACAUUUACAAUUUACUUAAUUGUAAAUCCACAAUCAAUUUCAGCAUUAAACUUCACAUUAAGGAGCAGUGAGUAAUUCCCAAAUUAAUGCAUCAUAAUGAGGGAGAGAUGACCAAAAACCAUAUUUAUUGUUACAGUUACGAAAUUCAUUUACUUGAUUUAAAGUUGUAUGCCUCUUACAAAAUUUAUCUAAGUAGGAAUAUGAAAUGAAACUCAUAUCGUUCACUACUUAAAUUAUUUUAACAUAACUAACUUGUUCAAACUUCAGAUCUAUUGCACAAUUUGACAACGGUAUCAUAUGAUUCAAUAACUAUUAAUUUUACCCAGACAAGUAAUGAUGUACCAUAGAUUUUAGUCCUAACCUUCACUCCCUUUGGUCUUUAAUCCAUGAUUCAUUUCAUGAGUAUUUAUGAACACUAUUGAAAUAUAGUACUCAUCGUAUACCAUGGUGAAAUAGCAAUACAAGAUUGAUGUAUGGUGGAGAGUAGAUAAUCUUGAUAUAUUUAGGUAAUCCAACAUUUCAAAGUCUGAAUCGGCUUUCUUCAUUUGGCAGAUAAACAGGAAAGUUGCCCAGAUUUAAAUUUUCUGACUGGAAUAACUGCAAAAUUGCUAUUUAAGUAAUGGCAUUUCAUUUGAUAAAUGAUUAUUCUCAAAUUCUAAUGCCAACCAUAAAAGGUUGAGACCAAUACGAAAUUAAAAAUGUCCUAUAGUACAAUAGAAUUAUGUUGUCUCCUGCUUGUUUUUUACAUUAAUAGGUUCAAGUAAAGAGUUUAGUUUAUAUGCAUUGUUCAACAACAAGCUUAUUGACAUAAGAAUUGUAUACUAGCAAUAUAAUUGGUUUUGGCAUUUUGCUUAGGGUUUUUAAGGUUAAUUUUGAUAAUUUGAUUAACAAUCUUAGGGUCGAUAUCUUGAUUUUAGAGAGCUAUGGUUGUUAUUUGUCUGAGCAUCCCCUGCCUCCUUCCUUUUUAAACAAUCAUAAUCGCUUGCUACUUCAACCGUUGGAUCGACCCACAGAUCAACAGUCCGCAGCAGUUUUCAAAGCAUUAUAUGCGUUUUUACUUCCUUAAUAAAUACUUACUUAACUGCACUAUAAGAGUCAAGAAUCAGAUUUUCACCACAUCACAUUCUUCCAUCUUGCUGCCUCAUUCAUUCUCAUGCUCCCUGAAUCCUCCCAUGGAGACCAAUAAGAACAACUGUAGUGCCAUUUCUCUUCCUACUGGCUUCUCUAAUAUUGACCUGAAGCGUGAGAUCCUAGAUGAUGACUUUGGCAUGGACAACCUCUCAUCAUCAAAAGGUUACCUUCAAGAUUUCCAAGACCUCGAACAGCUUCCAAUGACAGCUUCAUAUUGUAAUUGGGAUACUGGGAUACAAGCCAAUGGCUUCGAUCCAUUUGCAUCCUUUCCCCAUGGCUCUGUUACAGAUUUCAGUUUAUACAGGUUUAAGCCUUAUGAGGAAAAUGGCAGCAUGCUUUCAGCCAUUCAAGACUUCCAGGCUGGUGGUUUCUUGAACUUUCCAGACAGGAAAGGUUCGUCAAUGGUAACUAAAACAGCUUCUGAAUACAAUUCAAAGCCUUUAUGCUUUGUGGUUCCUGAUGAGAGCUCUUGUGUGACUGGUGAUAACUUCGGCUACCAUAACAAAGAUGGCAGUAAAAGAAACAAGAAUAUAGUUAACGGCAGUAAUAGCAACAUCAGUGAAUCUUUGUCGACUAAAAAGUGCGUUAGGACCCCAAAGAAGUCCAAAUCAGCCAAGGGGCAGUGGACUGCUGAAGAGGAUAGACUCUUGAUCCAUCUCGUGGAGAAAUAUGGUCUGAGAAAAUGGUCUAAUAUCGCCCAAAUGCUGAAAGGGAGGAUAGGCAAGCAGUGCAGAGAAAGAUGGCAUAACCAUCUGAGGCCUGAUAUUAAAAAGGAUGUAUGGACUUUGGAGGAAGACAGAAUACUGAUUGAGGUUCAUGCUCAAGUGGGGAACAAAUGGGCUGAAAUCGCUAAAAGUCUCCCGGGAAGGACUGAGAAUACCAUCAAGAAUCACUGGAACGCGACGAAGAGGAGGCAAUUCACCACACGAAAAUGCAGGACCAAAUGGCCUAGGCCUAGUUCCCUCCUCCAGAACUAUAUCAAGAGCCUUAACUUUGAGAAAGGGAGCAGCAAGAGAUCGAAAAACACCCAACCACCAGCCACUAGUGAUCAUGGAAUCCUCAGCAACAGUUCAAUCACCACACCGCAGGAGAUGGACAUCGAGUUUAGCCUGGAUGAUCACAUGCUGCAGGUAUACGGCUUUGAUGAGGUCCAAGAUCUCACGUUUGAUGAUGAUAGCCUUUUCACUGGGAGCAGCAUCGACAUGCCGGUUGGCCUUCCAUAUGAAUUUGACGACGGACAGUGUUUUGAUGCCGGUUUUCCACUUGAUAUUCCUCCAUUGAUGCAGUGUGGAGUGAAGCAAGAACUUGAUUUCCAUGGGAGCGCCUGAUGGUUAGAAAACUUGGUAACAAUUUUUAGUGGGAAUAGUAGUUUGUUUCUGCAGCCGUUUGUGGGGUGUCUGAAAUAAGAAAUUUAAAAUGAGGAGGAUGACAAUAAUUUUUUAUUAUUUUUUAUCUGUUUAUUAUUUUACUAUGGGGAUUCUUGUUUUUCCUAUUCUAUGGCAUGGACUUGAAUUUGUAUUAUUUGCUUCUAUGGAGUCGUUCGAAGUUGAACA